AUGUCCUUUCUUGCUGGUGGGUGCCGCGGGCAUGACCGGGGGCUGCAGCGAGUGAGGGAUGGGCCGAAAAAAUUCCUCUACAGGCACGGUGAUGGUGGUCAGGAGGAGAGGGGCAAGGGCUUGGACGCACAGGCCUCGUGGAUUUUCAAGGGUGUCCCCGCGUCAGACAACGCCAUGAUGGGUUACCAAGCCCGCCACCGGGACUCCAUUUCUGCCUGCACACUGCGGCCCGAGGGUGCCACCUCCCUCAUUGCACCCGUGCGAUCUCUUGGCCCACAUUGUGCGUCACAUCGUACGGUGUUGGUUAAGUUCACGGUCAAGGCUGUGAACCUUCUGCCAGUGUACGGUCUCAAGUUCAACUUUGCGCCCACGCUCAGCUUGUUUGCUACCUCGCAACGUGGCAUGGGUGUUACACUGGGUGUCGGUGUAUGGCUAUCUUGUUCUCUGGCGAUAGUAUGCACCACUCUCAAUCCUAUCACAAGCCUACUCCAAAGCUGGAUGGUCAAAAUACACCGGCACCGAGGUCACUUCACACAUCUUCCGCUCCACGAUCAAAGGCGGAUCGCCGCAGACUCAACAUACACCAUCUUUGUUCACCCCUGUGCUGGGCCGAGUAUACCCAUAGUCGUAUCUGACUGCACCACUGUCACAGAUCUCAGGCAGUUGCUUGUCGCCAAAGGAGUGCCUCGUGAACUGGCUCAGUCCGUCAGUCUUGCGCUCCCUUGCAAUCUGUUUCGCUAUCUAAACGGCACUCAAUCAAUGCGGGAACCCGGAGUGGGAGCUCUUGCACACGUCUGCAUGACUGUCACCAUCCCCGGUGGCUCACACUUCAGCGUGGGCGCGUGCACUUCACACCAAUGUCCAGCUCGAUCAGCAGAUCCUCGAUGCCAGGCAAGCGUCACACAGGCAAUGGAACUGGCACACCAACGUGUGCAGGCUCGCCUUGCACCACCACGCGGUCCGGCAGAUCCUGUUGCAGGUCCGUCAAAUGCUCGUGAUGAUGUGCCAUCUCAUCUGGCGAGAAAUGCCAAUCACCACGCAAAUGAAGGAAUGGAGGUUGACGGGCCAGUUGAAUACCUCGACCCGGACAGCAUGGAUGCCCUCGAUGGCGCAGAUGAUGACAUUCCAGGGCAACCACCCAACGGGUUCCCGCGGCCACCUUCUCCUUUGGACUCCGAGUCCUCAUUACGAUCCCUGAGACGACGUGACAUGGACCAACAGAUACAAACAAAUGCAGUGGCUAAGCACUCAGUUAUGGAUAUGAGGCCCAUGAAAUGCCUUAGCAGUUCCCCCAAUAAGGAAACUGGUAAACAUAUCAUGCGACUGGCAGCUUGGUGGCCCAUUGCUGCAAGCGCUCACACACUGUAG